AGGGGGAGGAGCCACAGUGAACAGCACCGCCGCUCGGCCUCUUCCUCUCCGCUCAGCUCGGUGCUCUGCUGCAGGCUGCGUGGCUCCGAGAGCAAACAACAGAGACCAACUUCUAUUGAAAUCAAUUGACGGUCUUCUUCUUGUGCGUUUGAAGAACAAAGAAGAAGAAGAAGAAGAAGAAGCUUGCGAUGCAUAAGCACCGGCUCGACCGCUUCCCGACGGCUUGGGACACGAGACAGUUUUGAACGCGGAAGGCGGAUUGUGUCGAAAGUGAGCUACAAACUUCAAAGAGACGCGGCGACGGCGGAACAAGUUGUGACCGAGAUAAAGGAAUCCACCGGAUCGGCCGUCAAAGGUACGACUUGAUCCUCCUAACGUGCGGGUCACCGACGAUACGUCCCAGUCAAGAUGUCUGUCAGUAACCACGAAAACAGAAAGUCUCGAUCUAGUUCCGGCUCCAUGAAUAUCCACCUUUUCCACAAGACGUCCCAUGCGGACAGCCUGUUGACGCAACUCAACCUGCUGCGCAAAAGAAAAGUCUUCACCGAUGUUGUCCUGAAGGCCGGAAACCGAUCCUUCCCCUGUCACCGGGCCGUCCUGGCCUCCUGUAGCCGGUACUUUGAGGCCAUGUUCAGUGGUGGGCUCAGGGAGAGCCGUGACGCUGAAGUCAACUUCCACGACUCUCUUCAUCCGGAGGUGCUGGAGCUUUUGCUCGACUACGCUUACUCGGCCCGAGUCCUAAUCAACGAGGAGAAUGCAGAGUCGCUCCUAGAAGCCGGGGACAUGCUUCAAUUCCACGACAUUCGAGAUGCCGCCGCAGAGUUUCUAGAAAAGAACCUCCACCAGUCAAACUGUCUGGGGAUGAUGUUGCUGUCAGACGCCCAUCAGUGUCAGAGACUGUACGAGCUGUCAUGGAGGAUGUGUCUGGCAAACUUUGCUACUCUCUUCAGGACAGAGGACUUCCUCAGCCUGCCCAGAGACAAAGUCCAGGAGCUAAUUCUCAGUGAGGAGCUAGAGGUGGAGGAUGAGAGCCUGGUGUAUGAGGCUGUUAUCGACUGGGUUAAGGCGGACAUGGAGCGGAGGCACAGCGAGCUGCCUGAGCUGCUGCGCUGUGUUCGCUUGGCGCUGCUCCCUGAAACGUAUCUGCUGAAGAAUGUCGCUUCAGAGGAGUUGGUGAUGUGCCACAAGGUGGGCCGGGAGAUUGUUGAAGAUGCAGUACGGUGUAAGAUGAGGAUCCUCCAGAACGACGGUAUUGUAACAGGGUUCUGUGCUCGGCCAAGAAAGGUCAGCCAGGCCCUGCUGCUGCUGGGAGGACAGACUUUCAUGUGUGAUAAAGUCUAUGUGAUUGACAACAAGACCAAGGAGAUCACCCCCAAAACAGACAUCCCCAGCCCCAGGAAAGAAUGCAGUGCCUGUGCUAUUGGUUGCAAGGUUUACGUUACUGGAGGUCGUGGCUCUGAGAAUGGAGCCUCUAAAGAUGUCUGGGUCUACGACACGUUACAUGACGAGUGGUCCAAAGCAGCCCCCAUGUUGGUAGCCAGAUUUGGACACGGUUCCGCAGAGCUCGACCACACGCUGUAUGUUGUGGGAGGACAUACGUCUCUUGCGGGAUCCUUUCCUGCCUCUCCAUCUGUGUCUCUCAAGCAGGUGGAGCAGUACGACCCCCAGACCAACAAAUGGGCCCUGGUGGCUCCACUCAGAGAAGGGGUGAGCAACGCUGCCGUCGUCGGUGCCAAAAACAAACUCUUUGCCUUUGGGGGCACCAGCCUCAACAGAGACAAGUACCCUAAGGUGCAAUGCUUUGACCCCUGCCAGAACCGGUGGUCUGUUCCGGCCGCCUGUCCCCAGUUGUGGCGAUACACAGCUGCGGCAGUAGUCGGCAACCACGUUGUGGUGAUCGGCGGCGACACUGAAUUCUCUGCCAGCUCCGCUUACCGAUUCAACAGCGAGACGUUCCAGUGGACAAAGUUUGGCGACGUGACGGCCAAACGCAUCAGCUGUCACGCGGUGGCGUCAGGAAACAGACUGUAUGUGGUCGGGGGAUACUUUGGGGCUCAGAGGUGUAAGACACUAGACUGUUACGAUCCAUCGUCAGACUCUUGGGACAGUGUGACCAGUGUGCCCUACUCACUCAUUCCCACCGCCUUCGUCAGCACAUGGAAGUACCUCUCAGCGUAGUGCGCAACACUGUCUGCGGUUUCUACGAUCGGCCAUGGUGUCUGGUAUGCGGUCUCCCUUCGCUGGCUGCCGAGAGGAGGAGGAGGAGGAGGAAGGGUUUGUGUAUUCCUGCUCCGGCUCCAUCAAGCCUGAUCCACAUUAUCUUCAUCUGCAGAGGAGUUGAGGCCCGGGUCCUGGAAACAGCCCAGAGACUGGAAGUCUGCCGCCUCUUUCCACCUGAUCUGUUUACCCGUCGUUCUUGUGUAACUUUCCCACGUAGCCACUAGCUUGAGCUGGACUCAUUACAUGUAUAGGAAACAAGCCGAUUGCAUAGAUGUGUUCUCUGGGCAUCUGCCUGAGGUUUUCAAUAUUGUCUCUUUCCACCGCCUGGGUCAAAUAAGCUACUGUGACUAUCAGCUGACUCGCUCCAUCACCACCAGUUUAGCAGGAAAAGGACUCAUUAUUGUCUCUCACUGACAUUGUUUUACAGUUCAACAGUCUCUGUUGUGGUUCUUCUCCCCUCCUGACACUGGGCAUUCACUCAGGUGUAAUUUAUAUGGACUGCUGAUGGACUGAAUUAGACCUUUGCUCUGCCAGGCGUACGGGGAACCAGAGAGGACAUUUGGGGAAGUGUAUGAUUUUGUGCACAGAAACAAUCCUCCUGUCUGUAUUUUUAGACCUUGGACUUGGGCUUCCCUCAAUUUUGGUGAGCUAAAUUUGUAUCUUCCUCCUCAACUUAAAAUACAAGCUGGCAAGAGAGAAUGUGGCCAAUCACGGCUGAAGAAGACAACUUGAUAUCGUGUCGAGAUGUUAUUUCAAGCUAUGAUUUUGUCUUUGUUGUGUUAUUGUGUCUCAGGGUUAUGUAUAGUUUUGCCUGUAUUUGUUCAACGAAGAGUAACUUUUUUGGUUUAUGUAUUUUCUGUUCUGAAAUAGUUUUUUGUGAAUGUUCUAGUCUUGUGAUAAACAUUUUUACUGAACUCUCAUUUUAGAAAACAUUCUGACAAUGUUUGAUGACGCUUAAUAGCAGCGGUCAUGUUCAAAACAUAAAUAUUGCCAAAACCCAAAUAGCUUACCUUAGUGUUAUUUUGGAUUUAAAUAAGGAAAGCGAAGUAAUUAGUUAACGUUGUAGUUCUAAUAUCUUUUAAUGGAAGUAUUUUGUGUGUAUAGUUUGUAUAUUUGCUUUGUGAUGAAUUUAUAGAAGCCUUUGAUUUGCACAGUUUGUACAAAGAAUCGUAUUAUUGGUCUUAAUUUUUCUGUCUUUGUCUUAACCCAGAUUGGGUAGUGUGAAUAAUCAAAGCCUUUUUUGUAGCACUGAGUUGUUUCUCUCUUAGCGAUCUUCAUGUGUGUGCAGUUUUCCAAUAUAUCAAACAUACUGGUAUAUUAAGCUAUUACUGAAUACACCAUCUGUUACUUCAUGCUCAUAACGUGUCAAUAAAUAUCAUCUUGAUGAAAACAUA